AUGGAGAGCUCUAGGACGCAUCAGAGUCUUGAGCACAAAGCGGAUCGCAGGGUGAGAGAACUUUACCGCUAUUAUCAGCCUGCUGGCUCCUCCGGCUUGAUUCCCUCUUGGCUGCGUACGGGUGAAGAUUUACCGUCCUCUGGCUCUGCAGGGACCCCGAGCACUCCGGCUGCUGGCGAUGGCUCAUCACAGGGCAGCAGCAGUGGCACCGCGCGCCCCUCGACUGCGAUAGGCCCAGAUCCGCUCGUGCUGGGUUCGACCAACGACACCUUGACUUCAUUUGCGCAACUUGCAGCAUUGCGGUUGAACGCAGAACGCGCUUUCAUUGUCGUUCUCGAUCGGGACCGUCAGUAUAUUCUCGCCGAAGCUACGAAAUCGGUCAAUAUAAACGAUAAAACCGUUUAUGACCACAAUGACAACCUUUGGAUUGGAUCAACCGGAAGUCGCAGAGCAUGGAGCUUGUGCCAGGAAACUGCUGCUUUACCUCCAUCCGAUCGCGAAACGCCCCAUUACGAAUUCCUCACAGUCAAUAACUUGGCGGAACACGACCGUUAUAGCCAACUACCUUUCGUGGCAAACGAACCGCAUUUUCGAUUCUUUGCUGGAACGCCCUUGACGACGGACCACAACAUCAAUUUGGGCUGCUUUUUUAUUCUGGACAAAACCCCCCGGGACGGCUUGACACCGUUGGAGAAGGAUACCCUCGGAUCGCUGUCGACAUUGGUGAUGGAUUACAUGAAAAUUUGUCGACAGGCGUCUGACGGCCGACGAGCGGCACGCCUUUCCAAAGGGUUGAGCUUUUUCGUCGAAGGAAGCUCGAGCUUCAUCGACAGUGUCGAUCCAUCCCGCGCUGAUAGUUCUGCUCGGUAUUCUGUAACGCCAGCGUCCACAAAUAACCGUAUCAGCAUGUCGGGGGGAUCUCGCGGGAGUCACAACUCUGAUCGUGCAUCCAACGAGGUAUCGCAUAGCCCACAGAAUGACCGAUCGCUUAGCAGCGAUACUCGAUCCACGAGUUCUGGCGCUUCAGGUGUCUCGUUUUCAAAAGAGAAUACGGGAACCUCUGGUGCGGCUAGUUCGCUCCCUGAGUGGCUCACCAGCAGUAGUCGCAAUCGACUUCCGCCUGACGAUUCGCAUGGUAACUCGUGGUGCUUCCGCCGUGCAGCGAACCUCCUUCGUGAAAGUCUUGAUUUGGACAACGAUGGUGGCGUCGUCUUCUACGAAGCCACCAACGACAACUUUGUGGACGGGGAUGGUGGAAGUGAUUGCUCUAGUAGCGAUGCGGGUGGUCCUGCGACGAUCUUAUCCAUGUCGACCAACGAAGAUCCUUUCUCACCUACAGCGGGAUCGGUGGUUACGUCUCCAGCGGCCCAUCUCGAUCGGUCAUUCCUCAGCCUGAUCCUUCGGCGAUACCCAAGAGGCAAGUUGUGGUCUUUCCAUCGUGAUGGACUGAUCUCAACAUCCGAUGAUGAUGAUGAUCAGAAGCCUAGCGAUGGUAAAAUAACCUCUACUACUCGCUCGCCGCCUGGUGCUCCGGCCGUCGACAUUACAAAGUCGCUGGGCAAGAAGAAGAAGGCCGUAGAGAAUUCCUGGCUCAAUCAGUACUUCCCGGGUGCCACGCAGAUUAUGUUUGUCCCCCUGUGGAAUGCAGUAAGCUCGCAGUGGUUUGCUGGUUGCUUUUGCUAUACCACCCUUGAAACCCAAGUGUUCUCUUCUUCUGUUGAGCUGAGCUCCGUCCUCGGGUUCGGCUCGUCGGUUAUGGCUGAGUAUAGCCGUGUGGAAUCUCUUAUUGCCGAUCGACAAAAAGGUGAUUUUAUCGGCAGUAUCUCACACGAGCUCCGAAGUCCACUUCAUGGUAUCUUGGCGGCGGCGGAGUUCUUGAACGGCACUCACCUUAAUGAAUUCCAACAUUCCCUACUCGAAACAGUCAACGCUUGCGGCAGAACACUCCUUGAUACCAUGAAUCAAGUGCUGGAUUUCAGCAAGGUCGUCUCUCUGGAGCGUACCUGGCGUUCUUUGAAACGGAGGAAGGAACCGACCCUCGAUUUCAGGGGGAAAGACGAGCUCGCAUCUCAUCUGGACUCUUACGUGGAUACAGACAUUGCCAUCCUUGCCGAAGAAGUUGUGGAAGGGAUCUGUCUCGGUCAUGCGUACGGCCAGAAUUCUACCGCUUCUGCCGACCUGCCGGUUCUACUUUCCCAUAAUCAAACAAAACAAGCGGGUACUCGCAACAAUGUCCAUGUCUCGAUUGAUGUUCAACACCAGGAUUGGGUAUACCGGACCCAACCGGGUGCUUUGCGUCGAAUCGUCAUGAAUAUUUUCGGCAACGCGAUGAAGUAUACUGAAGAGGGCCGAGUCUCUCUGACUUUAGAGGCUGCCAGUCAUUCCGAGGGCCGCUCCCGCCGGCAGGGCUUGGAAGAUAUGGUCACUCUGACGGUGUCAGAUACCGGAAGAGGCAUAUCGGAGGAGUUUCUGCGCGGCAAGUUGUACACCCCGUUUGCCCAGGAAGACUCUCUUGCCGUCGGCACAGGGCUGGGCCUUUCUAUCGUACGCAGCCUUGUCAGAGCCCUUAAUGGCCACAUCCGCAUUCGCAGUCGCCCCGGCGAAGGUACAAUCGUCCGCGUGACCUUACCCUUAGCACGUCCGGUCGGUGAAGAGAGUCCGCCAGUUGAGCCACAUACCUAUAACGUCCAACAGCGCGAAAUCCUGACCGAAACGCUUAAGUUGCGCGAAGGUUACACUGGGAAACGAGCUGCCAUCUGGGGGAUUGAUUCUGAGAACCUCGGCCAGGAUGAGACGUGGGGUGGAAUCGCCAAGUACCUUACCGAAUGGUUUGGCAUAGAGGUCGUUUCUUGGCCUUGUUCGCUGCCUCUGGAUAUUUUACUCAUAAGGGAGAGUGGUCUCCAAGACCUGCGAAAAGUUGAUCUUUCUGCGACCCUUCCUUCUCUUCUGAUCCUUUGCUCCAAACCUGUGGACUACAGCGUGGCGCAGUCUGAGUGGUUGCCUCUUGCCUCCUCUGUGGACAUUAUAAGACGCCCGUGCGGUCCCCACAAACUAGCUCGGAGUGUUUUGAAGUGCUUGCGAAAAUCUCAAUCAACGGUUGUCACGCCUGCGUGCGUUGCGAAUGAUCCGAUGGAGUCUGUGGAACUCGUUAUUCGAGACCUACCCAAAACUUCUAGCGUUCCUUCCCCGGUCAGCACUUACCCGAUUGACGACUCUCUUCCAGAUCUUGGACCUGAGACGACAGUCAGUGCUGACCCCGCAUCUCCGGGCGAGCCUCCUCCUGACGCCCCGUCAGUCAUUUCCGCACCACCAGAAGCUAUUGCUGCCGCUCCGUUGCCCCGACCACUCGUUGAAGGGGCCGUUGAAGCAAAGCGGCCGAUACAGGUCCUCGUGGUCGACGACAAUUGCAUCAAUCUCAACCUUAUGAUGACGUUUAUGAAGAAGCGCCAUCUUUCCGAACUUGUCGCCGCAGAGAAUGGCAAGCUAGCUGUGGAGGCUGUGGAGCGAAUGUCGACUGGCUUUGAUAUCAUUUUCAUGGAUAUCUCAAUGCCAGUUAUGAAUGGGUUUGAAGCAACCCGUGCCAUUCGUGCACUGGAGCGAGAGAGCGAUGGCCGCAGGCCGGCAAUUAUCAUCGCUCUGACUGGACUGAGCAGUUCUCGGGAUGAGUCCGAGGCUUUGGCUUCCGGUGUUGAUUUCUUCCUUACCAAACCAGUCUCUUUCCGUAAGGUUUCCCGCCUUUUGGAUGAAUGGGAAAGGGAUGGUCUUAAAAAGGAGCGAAAGUCAGAAACAUGA